GGUGAUUAAAGUAGGGGCAAUUUUGUCCGAAAGUUGUAAUUGGCUGAAAUGAAAUAGAAAAUUCCCAAAUUGAAUUAAAGAUAAGGUUAUUUCCUUAAAUGCUUACGUUUUCUUCUUCGUCUCCCCCGCUGCUCCUCAACCAAAUUGCAGCCCAGUCCUCGACGCUCCUCGCUCAAUCCUCAUCGCCCCUCGCCUGCUCCUCACGAGCAUCAGUCUAUUUUUUGCCUUCGUCUCUUCUUUCCGAGGUCUGCACUGCUUGGGCAACCACAGCGGCAAGGGGUUGUCUCUCUGGGAGGCGCUUCGGCCGGUCAAAUUGGUCGGUGGCUAGACAGCGUAUUGAUGGCAUGCUAACUGUGAGAGAAGCUGUUUACUACACAGUUCAGCUACAAUUGCCGGAUUCCACGCCAGUAUUGGAGAAGAGGGAAAGUGUAGAAACGGCAAUGAGGGAAAUAGGACUGCAAGAUGCCACGGAGAAUAAGGCUGACCAAAGGACUAAGAGGUGGUUAAAAGAGAAGAGUUAGAAUUUGCCUGGAAAUUGUCACCCGCCUGAAGCUUCACUUCCUCGAUGAACCUACCAGUGAACUCAAUGGCGCAACAUCGUAUUAUGUCUUAAGCAUAAUAGCUUGGACCAAAGAGAUGGACUUAGAAGAACGAUAAUCGCAUGAAUUCAGCAGCUCGGUAGUGAAGCCUUUAAGCUUUUAUUGGGUGUUUUAGUUUGGUUGUAAUAAGAUGGGGUGUGAUCACUACAUAUGAACAAUGGGAGGUUGUUUUGUAAACUGAUCUGUUGUCUUCUCUUUCUUGUAUUGUUGUGCGCGUUGGGCGCACAUAUUAAAGUUGUAACUCAUAUGUUUUUAUCUCCUUUUGUAAUGGAAAUAUUGAAGUUCAAUUAAUUCAAGUGUUUAAUGA